AACAGUGCCACCUGUUUGACUGGUGGGGCUGAGCCAAGUACUGGAAGAGGGAGGAGGCAGACAACUCGGACAGAAGCUGGGAAGCAGUGCAGAGCACAGAGCGGAGUUGCUGCUGAGAAAAGCUCCUGGCCCCAUCCUACAGCUCCUGGAGGAAAAGGGGACCCUGGAAGGCAGUGACUGGGGUGCAGGGGCAGGACCUGAGGCGUGUGCCGGCAGGGAAAAAGUUCCUUCAGGAGGUGUGCCGUUUAAAAGAAGACCCCGGAAACUGUCCCCUUUGCUCAUCUCCUCCUCCAAUCUGGCACUUGGAGCCUGCCCUGUAACCUCCAUUGCUGAGCAGUGGCCCAGGCCUCCGCUCAGGCUGGGAUCUGCCUUCUGCCAGGGUCCCUGAGAGCCAAGCGUCCCUCCCCCCAGGCCCUCACCAUGGCCGAGUCCCCCGGCUGCUGCUCUGUCUGGGCCCGCUGCUUCCACUGCCUGUACAGCUGCCACUGGAAGCAAUGCCCCAGAGAUGGGAGGCAAACCGACAAGUGCGAAUGCGUCUGGUUUGGCCUGCUCUUCCUCACCUUCCUCCUCUCCCUGGGCUGGCUGUACAUCGUGCUCAUCCUUCUCAAUGACCUGCACAACUUCAAUGAAUUCCUAUUCCAGCACUGGGGGCACUGGAUGGACUGGUCCCCGGCAUUCCUGCUGGUCAUCUCUCUACUGGUCACAUACGCAUCCCUGCUCUUGCUCCUGGCCCUGCUCCUGCGGCUCUAUGGCCAGCCUCUAUGUCUGCACACCAUCCACAAGGUGCUGCUGCUCCUCAUCAUAAUUCUUGUGGCUGCUGGCCUUGUGGGGCUGGAGGUCCAAUGGCAGGAGGAGUGGCAUAGCUUACGUCUGUCACUGCAGGCCACAGCCCCAUUCCUUCACAUUGGAGCAGCUGCUGGCAUCACCCUCCUGGCCUGGCCUGUGGCUGAUACCUUCUACCAUAUCCACCAAAGAGGUCCCAAGAUCCUGCUACUGCUUCUAUAUUUUGGAGCCACCCUGGGCAUCUACCUGGCACCCCUAUUCAUCUCCUCAGCCUGUAUCAUGGAACCCAAAGACCUACCACAUAAGCCCAAGUUGAUAGGACACCGAGGGGCCCCCAUGCUGGCCCCCGAGAACACCCUGAUGUCCCUGCGGAAGACAGCUGAAUGUGGAGCUGUUGUGUUUGAGACCGACGUGAUGGUCAGCUCCGACGGGAUCCCCUUUCUCAUGCAUGAUGAGCGCCUAACCAGGACCACAGAUGUAGCCUCUGUGUUCCCAGACCGAGUCAACAGCCACAGCAGCAACUUCUCCUGGGCUGAACUGAAGAGGCUCAAUGCUGGGGCCUGGUUCCUUCAGAGACAAACUUUCUGGGGGGCUAAGCCGCUGUCAGGCCAUGAUCGAGAAGAUGCUGAGAGUCAAACAGUGCCAUCCUUGGAAGAGAUACUGAAGGAAGCUGAAGGCCUCAACCUUUCUAUCAUAUUUGACCUGCGCCGCCCCCCAAGAAACCAUACAUAUCAUGACAGUUUUGUGAACCAGACAUUGGAGACUGUGCUGAGUUCAGGAGUGCCCCAAGCCAUGGUCCUUUGGCUGCCGGAUGAAGAUCGGGCUUAUGUCCAAGAAAGGGCCCCCCAAAUGCACCAGAUAUACGGACAUCUGGAAGGCCAUGGCACUGAGAGACCCCAGUUUCUCAACCUCCCCUAUCAAGACCUGCCACUGUUGGAUAUCAAGGCACUGCACCAUCAUAACGUCUCGGUGAACCUAUUUGUAGUGAACAAGCCCUGGCUCUUCUCCCUACUCUGGUGUGCAGGGGUGGAUUCAGUCACCACCAACGACUGCCAGCUGCUGCAGCAGAUGCGUUACCCUGUCUGGCUUAUUCCCGCUCGAACCUACCUGAUAAUAUGGAUCAUUACCAAUUGUGUCUCCAUCCUGCUGCUUUUGUGGACUUUCCUCCUACAAUGGAGGUGUGCUAAGGAGAGACAGAGAACCGGGCUAGAAACAGCAGUGCUGCUGACCAGGAUCAACAAUUUCAUCACGGAGUGAAUGCCCUGUCUUAGGCCCCCACCAGCCAAAAUCAGAGGCCUGUUUGCAUUGGCCAACAGCAAGGAAGAGAGGGUGGCUGAGGUGGAAUGUUGCUGGGGUUGGCAUGGGGUGAAUUUUGCCAGCAGGAGGUGCUCCCCUUGGGAUUUUGACCUGAGGUGGUCAGAAAGACACUGAGUCACAAGAAGUUUCUCCCCAAAUGAAACUUAACAGAGGAAGAGACAAGGAGAUUGCCAAGAGAAUGUUUCAGAUCUAUGCGCAGGUGUUCUUGUGUACCAGGCACAGGGUAUCAGGGAUGGGACAGCUCAGAACUGUGAUUGAAGGAGAUGACAAAAUAGCCUUUCCUAGAGAACUGUAAGACGAUGGAGACAUCGACCUGGCUCCAUUCACUGUCUCUCUUGACAUAUGCGAUUUAUCUGAUUUCCUGCCUAGAGACAGAGCCCAUCUCCUGCUAAAGAGCCCAUCUAGCCAUGUAAUUCUGUGCCUGCAAGUGGCUUUUUCUUGUGCACAGUCUUCUUCAAGACACACUGGUUCUUGACCCUUGUCCAUUAA